AUGGAAGGUGUUUAUGAUAUUGACUUUGAGAAGAUAGUUAAUUUAUCACUACUCAGUGAUGAAGAUUGGUACUAAAUGAUAAAAACAAAGUACAGUAGAAUUUUUAAUGGGUAAUCAACUGUCAAAGAUGAAAAUAUUUCAAAUGAAGAAUUCGAAAUGCUUCAAGGAUACAUGUUAGAGAAAUUUAAUUAAAAUAUAUAGAGCUUAAUUGAAAAUACCUUAAUUGGUAAUCAAGAUCUAGUUCAGUAGAGUGAAUAGAAGCUAAUAAGUCUACUUCUAUUAAAUGAUAAAAUUAAUCACAUUAGUUUUUCAAAUUCGAAAGAGCACAGAGGAUUUGCUAAUUCAGAAAGCGAAGCAUCAAUAAAGUAGCUCCUUAACAUCAUUUUCUAUACAGAUAAUUGCUUUCUUCUUGAAAAAACAUUUUAGCUUAUAAGCCAGCUCAAUACCUCAAAAGUCACUCUAAGAUAGAUUAAGAAUCUAUUUAAAUAAUUCAUAGGUACUAAUGAAAUUGUGAUUACUGACUUGGAAGCCAACAUAUUUACCUCAUAAUUUUACUAAAGUCUUAAUCCCUUUAACUAUCUCAAAUCAUUUAUUUUAGGUGAGACUGAUCAAAGCCAAGGUGGACAUUUUGCAGAUAGCUAAAAUUUUAUUUAUAUCAUUCAUAGAAAGAAAAUAGUUUUGAACAUAAACGUUGAUGUAGUGUGUGGAAAACAAUCAUUCUAAAAUAACUAAAAUACAAUAUUAGGCAAUUAAGGAAGCAAUACAAGCAAUUAAGGAAGCAAUCCAAGCAAUUAAAGAAUCUCACAAUUAUCUAAUUUGAGAAUUUAGGAUGCUUAUUCAUAUUAAUUUUUAAAUUAUCAUACAUAAUAACUAUAAAAAGAUGUUUCAGCAAGCAGCUAAUAAGGUAUUAAUAAUGAAUUCCAAUCAAAUGAAAGAAAACACAAAUAAAAUAUGAUAUACCCAUCAUAUUAUUUAGCCAAGCAAAUUUUAGGAUAAGAUGCUGAAAUAUAAGAUGUAUUUAGAGUAGCAUUUGUAAUUAAGUUGUUAAGAAAAAAAGAUUGCAUUAGGUCUUUGCUAACUUUGAUGCUAUCAUAUUUUACAGUUUUUUCUGAAAGAAAAGAGCUUGGUAUGAAUAUCGAUUUGGUGUAAAUUAUCAAAAAUGACUUCAGCUGUUUAGUUCCAUGUCUAUUGUUUUCCCUUCUUGAUGAUGCAUGCAAUAUUAAAAGAGAAACUAAAUCAUAGUUUUAGGCUCUUGUGUGCAGCACUGAGUAUUAAUAAUCUCUUUCUAGUAGUGAUAUGUAACGUUUUAUCAUACAUACAAUUGAAACCGAUAAAAACUGUUUUAAGUAUAUUGAACAUGAUGUUAAUAUUAAUUUAUUACCUCCAUACAUAAGAAGCUAUUAUAGUUUGCAGAGAACUCAUAAAAAGUUAAUGUAAUGCGAAACUGCAGAUUUGUUUACGAUUAAGUUUCAUGAGUACCUGUUUAAUGCUGUAGCUACAUUAGAAUCAGAUAUUGAUUAAAGGGUAUUACUUCAUCAGGAUUAAUUAGAAUGUAUAGAUGCUAUCUCAUCUUAUUUCACCUCCUCUGAUCUAUCUAAGCUACUGUAAGUUCACAUGCUACUUCCUGAAUUCUUCUAUGAGGAGAAAAAGAAGGAAGAAGAAAAAAGAAGAAGAAAAGGCUAGCUGGUAAAAGAGGAUAUCAAUUAAUAGUUUUAAUUUGAUUUCGAAUAAUUUACCUUUGGAUACCACAUUAAAAAAAAAUUCCAUAAGUUACCUGGGUUAGUUAAAUUCUAUCUAGCCCUUUUUCUUUCUGAAGUCGCACCAAAAUUUUAUUUAAAUAUUAUCCAAAGCAAUAUCAAAUAACCAGAUAAUUUAGAAGAUAUUGAAAACAUUUUGACAGAGAAUUUAUCAGAAAAAAACUAAUAAAGUAUUUUUCCUAUACAUUCUGAUGAUAUUUCAUGCUCAGAUAAAUAUAUAGAUUUUAAGGAAAUUGAGGAAGUAACCACUGACUAUAAGAAAGAAAUUCAAAAAUAAGAAAUGAUUCAUCCUAUUUUUGAUAUGACUUUUUCAGAUUUGUAAAAUCACCUUGCGUCAAUAGCAAAGUAAGCCAAAAUGAGUAUUGGAAAUUCAUUCAUAUUAUUUAGAAAGACUAAUAAUCUACUUGUUAAUUAUAAAUUCUCUUAUUACCAAAUACUGAACUAAUCUAUAGUACUUUAAAAGAUAGUAACACAUAAAUCAAGAGAAUUUCGUCAAAAAGCAUUACCUAUUGUAGAAAAAAUUAUUCAAAACCACUCUAAUAUUUACGAAGAUAUGAAAAAACGAAUUUCUAAAUUGUAAGUAUGGGAAAUCAGCUUACUUCAUCACUUAGCUUCUUUUAAUAAUGAUCUGCUUGAAACUUCUGAUGAUAAGGUAGAAGAAUAUUUAGAAAAAGAAAUAUCAGCAUUUUAAGCCAAUUAAGAUGAAAAAUAGCUAGUUCCUUUGCUUUUGUUUAGUUGUAAAAUUUUCUAAAAGACAUCUUUAAACGAUCCUAAAGAUGAGAUUAUACCUGUGAAAGAAAGAAUAUUUUAUAUUCAUCUUUAAGAAUAUCCAGAAUUUUGCAAAAUUUAUUAUCUUUUAAAUGUAAAAUAUAAGGGACAUCUAAGAACUUUAUGGAAUUUUUAUAGUAAUAAGCAUCCAGAGUUACUCAUUAAGGAAAUAUGUAUUUUAAACUUUGUCAGAUUAAGCAGCGAAUCAGCUAUCUUAAACCAUAAUGAGCUAAAUGAGUCAUAAAAAAAAUACUUUUUAUUUUUGAAGAAGAACAUUCACUUAUUUUAGCAAAUUCCAAAGGAUUUAGAUUUGAGACUUUCAAUAAUACACUAUGACCUCCACAAAUCUUAUGAAUUCAAAUAUAUAAAAGACUUUUAUUUAUUCUCUUGUUUGCUCUAUAUGGUGAUGUCUCAAAGUGAGUUCAGUUAAAGCUAGAAGUAGAACUUACUAAUUUCUUUUUUUUAGUCACUAAACAAAAUAAAAGAUUUUAGCUCAUUUUCCUCUCUUCUUCUAAAUAAAAAACUUUACGAUAAUGUUUCUAAAAUAAUUUAAAAUUAACCCUAACCAAAUAAAGAUCUUCUAGUUAUAAUUUUAAACAUAAUGAAUAAUACAGUUCAUUAAAGUAUAUGUGAAUUCAAGAUAAAUUUACUGGUGCUAAUCGACUUUAAGGAAAUUAUAUAAAAACAGAAAUCUAAAGAUUUACAAGACAAUAUUAAAAAAUAAAAAGAACUCUUUUCUUUAAUUGGAUAUUUAGAUUUAGUUUUCUAUGAUGCUCUAUUAUCUGUAGAAAAAGAUAAAAGACAGAGGUUUUUAUUUGAUGAAACUGAUUAUGAAAAAAUUUCUGAUAAUUGGAAUAAAAUAAUUAAUGAUAUUUGUUAUCUUUAAGAAGAAUUAUCUUUGUUUAAAAAAAAUAAAAUAAGUUUAAUUUAUCAUAAAUUCUAGGUUUUAAAAAAUUAAUAUUAGUUCAAAAUAGUUGAUUUAAAAGACUAAGAUUAUUCUUAAUAGCUCAAUAAAUAUAGAGAAACCUUCAAUUUUAGUGAUUUCUAUCCUCAAUUUAAAAAUAAAUUUGAUGCUCUUACAUACUAUGGGAUACUUGUAAAAAAUUUAGUUGCUAAUUCUCCUGUUUAUGAUUUUUAAAUCAUCAAAAACACAGCUCAAUAUAUAAUUGACUAAAUAGAAGAAACCAAUACAGACAAUCUUAUUUAACUUUCACACAUUUUAAAGAAUGUAACAAAUAUACUUUGCUCAAAAUUACCAUUUGAUUUCAAAAAUUUAGAAGUGCUUAUAGAUAUAGAAAAAUAAAUAUAAAAGAAUCUUAAAAAUGAUUAAAAGUAAAUAAUGUCUUUUAAUGACUAAAUUACAUCUUUCCUUGAUAAUGUCAAAGAAAUAACAUUCUCUGAGUAAAUGAAUUCAGAUUUCUUAAAAGUAAACUUGGAGCUCAAAUUAAAGAAACUAUUUUAUUUAGAAAGUGAAUAAAAAAUUAAAAAAUAAAUUUAACAAAAGGAAAUUCAAUGCUUUUUAGAUAAUAAAUAUGGAUAGUCUGUUUUAAAAUUUAUACUAAAAUCUUUUCCAAAUUAGAAUGAAUUAGUGGAGUUAGCUUAACCUUUAGAUUUUGAUAAAAUAUAGACCAUUUCAUCUAACUCUGAAUGUAAAAAGAGUUUACAGGAGUGCAACUCUAUAACAACUAAACUUAUGGAAUGGAUGGUUUACUUUUAAGAGUAUUCUAAGACAAGUGAUUCUGCUAAAAAAACUAUAAUAAGCUUGUUUGAAGUAUUAAAAAUAAUUUGUGAAGAAUAUCCAUUAGCAGUUUAGCAUAUUGUAGCUUCCAAUUUUCAUGUCAAAUUAUUAGAUAUUACUCACUCUCUGCAACAUCAUAUGUUUUAAAAGAGAAAAUUAUCAAAUGGAAAUCAUAGUAAUUUUUCGCCUUUUCUGCUGAAUUAAGACUAUGCAUUUUAUAAAAUUAGCACUGAAAAUUAUAUUUCUUCAUCUUUAUGCAUUAAAAACCAUCUUAUUCAGCAUUUAAUUUAAAUUUUCUAGUAAUAGUGUUUGGAUUUUCUUCAAUCAAUAAAAGAAGGAAAGUAAGAAUAAAAUGAUGAAUUAUAUGAAAGUUAAUAAAACAAAUCUCUCUAUAUUCAAAAUUAAAUAAUAGAAUUAUUGGUUGAUAUUCCAAAAAAUGUAUCAUAGCCUAUAGCUCAUCAAAUUUUAAUUAAUUGUGAAUAUUUAUUUUUGAAUUAUACUGAUAUCUUCUUUCAUUUAAAUGCUUUAAUCAAGCUAUUUCAUAUUACCCUAAACUUUCUUUUAUAAUCAUUUUAUGCUGAUCCUCUUUUGAAUCCUUAGAAUUUACUUAAAUUAAGAUUCUUGUAAUUCCUAAACUUCAAUUAAUCCUUCAAAGACAAAGAAGAAGUAUUCAGAAAAAGAUAACAAUUAAGCUAAAAUAAGAUUGAGAAUCAUUUAAAUUUAUACAAACUUUAAAAUUUACCAUUUUUAGAGUCAGAUCAAUUUAGCAAACCUAGCGAUAAUUAUUUGCACAGUGAUAUAGAUGAAAAAAAUGAAGAGUCUAAAAUUUAAGAUUUUAAUAUUUAGCACAAUCAGUAAAACUAAUAUGAAAUAAAUUAGCACAUAGAUGUGGUUUACAUACCAAACUACUAGAAUUUUUAAUUAGAUGAAGGGUACACAGUGCAUAACAAUAGCGAGGUUGAUUAAGUAGAUAAUAAAUAUAAUUUCAACUUUGACUAUGACUUAAAAAAUGCUAUCAAACAAUCCUCAAAUAGUCAAAAUCUUUAAAUGACAUCGGUUGAAAAAUCUAAAAUUGAAAAAUGUAUUUAAGAAAUUUUACUUAAAUUCCCUGUUUUUGAUUCUUGCUUUUUUGAGAAAAUUUUCUAAAACUCCUAAUCUCACAAGAAUUAAUCUUUGAAUUAACUCUUGAUUUCCUUAAUGAAUCAUCCUUGGAAUUGCAUGGAGAUUUUAAAUAUUGUUUUUAGGUAAAGCUUCUAAGAGAAAUCUGUUGGCUAAGGAGUAAAUAUUUAAUACAACUAAAUCGUAGAAACAGCAUUAAAAACCUCUUUAAUACACUAUCCUCUUUCUAAAGGAGUAUAUUGCAAAAAAGAAAAUUAAAUAAUUUUAGGAGAACACAACCCUCAAAUUGAUUUAACUCAUAAUAUAUUUGAGAUGGAACAAAUUCCUUUAAUACAAGUACUUCUUAGGUCUCCUUAGUUUUCUAGGAUAUAGGAACAUGUAUGGAUGAUAAUUAAAAAUGACAUUAAUGCAGAGUUUCCAAAUAUUUAUUAGAAUGUAGUUAUUACAUAGAAUCUAAUUGAUAUGGUAGCUAUAAAUAUUACUUCAGAAAAAUUACCUUAGUUGAUGAUCAAUAUUAUUUAGAACUAAGUCCAAAUUAUUGAUAUUAUUAAAUUUUUAACACCUCAUUUAGAAGAGACAACCAAUUCUAGUUUUAUUUAUUAUUCUCUUUUUGCUUUAAGGAAAACUUUAGAGAAAUUUAUAUCAGAACUUUCUCAUGAUAGUGAUGUAACUCCAAUUAUUAACUCUACUUUAUCUCAGCUAAGAGAGUGGAUUAUUGGAAGAAGCGAAUUUGUUGAAAAAUAACUAACUAACAUGUUAAAGAAAUGCACUUAAUUUAUCUAAGAUUAAGUAAGCAAGUUUUAUUCUAUGAGACCAGAAUAAUUAGAUGAUAUUGAAAUAGAUUUAGAGAAUGUAUCAAAGAAUUUCUAGGUUUUAUGGAAAAUAAUAACAAAUAUAAAGAAAGACAUAAAGAUGGAUAUACAGGCUUUAGCUGAAAUCAAUCUAAUUUUAAAUUAUGCCUUCCUUGAAACUGGUCAGCUACCAAUUAUGAGAUAAAGAAAACAAUCUAAUGAAGUGUCAUUAACUAGGUCAUUUUAGGAUAAAAAUGAGUUUUAACAAAGCACAAAUAUUUAUCAAUAUCACAGCGAAGAUGAGUUUUCAGAAGAUUUCUUAAUCUCUAAGCUAGCUUCGAUGAAUGAGUUAACAAAGAAAAGUGUAAAUUUUGAGAGAAAGCUUUGGGAAUUUUUUGAGUAAAUUUCUGAAACACUGGGCCCUGAAAUAAUAGGAAGAGAUGUUUACAUUCAUCUCCUCAACUUGCUAAAACCUUCUUUGAAAAAAUCAGAACUGAUGAGACAUCUAAGAUCAAUUGUGUAUGGGAAUCAGUUUACAUUUGCUAAAUAAACCAGGCAAAUAAAUAUUUUCAGAGAUAAUAUUUGGACCUCUACUGUUGAAGAGAUGAAAGAAUAUACAACAGAUGAAUGGCUCAGAGCAGUUUUUUCUAUUAAAUUUAAAUCUAAAGUCGGAGAUCAUAUCAUUGAUGAGAUUGGUAUUGAUGCAGGUGGACUCAAAAAUCAUUGGAUUUCUAAAGUAGUUGAACAAACUUUUUUGAAUAACAAAGAAUUAUUCACCUUUACUCCUAAUCAGAUGUCUGUUUAUCCUAAUAAAGAUGCUAUUUCAAAGAAAGCUUUAGAAUAAAUAGAAUUGCUGGGAAAGUUUGUGGGUAAAUCUAUGAUGGAAGACUGGUCUCUAAUGCUUAGCUUUGCUCCUUUCUUUAUAAAGUCUGUAUUAAAAAGAGAUUUAAGUAUAGGUGAUUUCUACUCUUACGAUUUCAAUUCAGCUUAAUAACAUUAAUGGUUAUUAGAAAAUGAUAUUAACGGUUUAGAUUUAGGUAUAACAUUUAGUUAUAUAAGCUACUCUAAUGGAGCUUCCAAAGUUAUAGAGCUUAAAAACGAUGGUUAAAAUAUAGAAGUCAAUGACUAGAAUAAAAAAGAGUAUAUUUAAUUAUACUGCAAAGCUAAAAUGUAAGACGAAAUAGCUCUCUAAACUUAAUAUUUCUAAAAAGGUUUAUUUUCUAUUAUUCCAGAAGAUGCUUUAGAGGCACUUGAACCAGAUGACUUUAUUUCAUUUUACCAAGGAGUUUAAGAAAUUGACAUUUAGUACCUUAAGAAAAAAAUGAAGUAUGAAGGAUUUAAGAGCACUGAUAAAAUUAUUGAGUGGUUUUGGGAAAUUCUCAAAGACUGGGAUAAUGUAUAAAAGAAAAAGUUCCUCUCAGCACUAACAGAAAUUCCUGGCAUACCUGUUGGAGGUUAUCCAGUUAGAGAUGUAUCAACGGGUAAUGUAAAAUAGCUUACAAUAAGUUUUUUAAAUUGCAAUCCAGAGUCGUUACCUGUUUGGCACACUUGUUUCUUUAGAGUAGAUAUACCUAAGUAUAAUUCUAAAGAGUAAAUGAAAUAAAAAAUAGAAUAAUCGAUAAACCUAAGUUGUGGAUUCCACAUUGCUUGA